CAAAAGUCGGCCUCCUGGUUCCCGCAGCCGGUCUCCGGUUACCGGUACAAUACAUGCGCUCCGUAAACCACCUACCUAAUCCGAAGAGCAUCCAAAACUCAAGCGUGUUGGAUGUGAAUUGAAAUUUUCCCGACUGUUUUAUUGUCGCAAAUCCCGCGCUUCCCUUACGAGCCGGGAUUCCUGCUCUUUGUCGAAUCUCCGUGUCCGUCUCGGUCCCCGAUAUGGUCCUCCGGCUACCGGCCGUGAUACGGCCUCUGCGGCCCCUAGGUGUUGCCAGGUCAUCUGCGCAGCAAGUGCGAUGGCUGGCGACGCCCGUUCACCCUGUGACACAGGACUCUUCGCGCGGGCCAACGGCCAUGGUCUUCCUCAACAUGGGCGGCCCGUCAACCGUUGAUGAAGUGGGCGACUUCCUCAGCAGGUUAUUCGCCGAUGGCGAUCUCAUCCCGCUAGGCCGCCUCCAGGGCUACCUCGGCCCGCUCAUCUCAAACCGGCGCACGCCAAAGAUUCAGAAGCAAUACGCAGCCAUCGGCGGCGGCUCGCCCAUCCGAAAGUGGUCUGAGUACCAAUGCGCCGAGAUGUGCAAGAUCCUAGACAAGAUUUCGCCCGAGACGGCGCCACACAAGCCGUACGUGGCCUUUCGGUACGCGAACCCGCUCACCGAGGAGACAUACCGGCAGAUGCUGGCUGAUGGGUUUGGCAAUGGCCGCGGCGGGCGGGCGGUUGCGUUCACCCAGUACCCGCAGUACUCGUGCUCAACAACCGGGAGCAGCCUAAACGAGCUGUGGAAGUGGCGGCAGCGGCUGGAGGGAAGGGCGGGUCCGCUGGAGGAUGGGGCGGAUGGGACGAUCAAAUGGAGUGUCAUUGACCGAUGGCCGACACAUCCGGGGCUGGUGGAAGCCUUCGCACAGAACAUCGAGGCCAAGUUGGCGGAGUACCCUGAGGAGAGGAGAGAUAAGGUUGUGCUGCUGUUCUCGGCCCACAGCCUGCCGAUGACGGUGGUAAACAGGGGAGAUCCCUAUCCCGCCGAAGUGGCUGCCACAGUUCACGCCGUCAUGAAACGGCUCAAUUUCGUCAAUCCGUGGCGGCUAUGCUGGCAAUCCCAGGUCGGCCCCCAGCCUUGGCUCGGCCCGCAGACAUCAGACACGGUGGAGAAUUACAUCGCCAAGGGCCUCAAGGACUUGCUGCUCAUUCCAAUCGCGUUCACUUCCGAUCACAUCGAGACGCUAUAUGAGCUCGACGAGGAGGUUAUUGGGGGAUCAGGACACGCCGACACGGUCAAGCGGGUGGAGAGUCUGAACGGCAGUCCAGUGUUCAUCAACGCGCUCGUCGAAUUGGCGAAGUCGCACCUGGCCAGCGGGAUUACUUGUUCGACACAGAUGGGCCUAAGAUGUCCGGGCUGCAAGAGCGACAGGUGCGCCGAGUCAAAGAAGUUCUUUGCAGGACAACAGCUAUAAGGGGGUUCUUCUUGGACCAGUCGUACGUCACGGACUGUGCAUGUUUUGGGAUUUGUGUAUAGUAGAAGGUCGAAGCGGGCUCGGUACGGUGUAUCUCCGGGAUUAUGGUCCUAACACAUUAACAUCAGCAAAAUUGGCGUGGUAUGGCCGUAUUUCAAAGUUCUCCGAUCCAUCAUCCCCCGACCUGCCGUGCAGAGAGGUCAGAAUGCAUCUAUACUUGCCCACAAAGGUAGUCUUGAGUUUUGUCAACGUGGCUUUCAUGAGACCUAACGGUGCGAAAAGCCGGAGAAUCAUAACAGCGGUCUGUCAUUCGGGAUGCGCAGAGUCGGUACCUUCGUUUCUAUCCGUACCUGUCUCGGAGGAAUUGGGUCUCGGAGACAAUGGAGGACAAUGUGCGUCAUCAAUACCAGCUCGAUAUCGGGUCUGCCCAAUCAAGCAUGCCCAGGUGGCUUGGCACCUAUCUCUGGAUUUGCUCUCAUUGGCCGUUCAUCCAG